UUGAAUUUUCACCGGCAAGCUGGUUCAACUCCACUCUCUCUCUUAUACUGACAAGAGAGUGACUGACUCAGUCAAGGGGAGUAACACGCUUGUUCUUCUCCAUUCCCAUUCCCAAUUUUCCCUGCUCAACUCCUCAAAUCACUGAAAUUAAUCCAUCACUAACGAAAAAGGGUGGGAAAAUCAGAUAGGAUUAUGCACCUUCCAAGCGUGUUGUGUUUGUUCUUCCUCGCCGCCAUGUUUGCCGGAGCUGCUUCCCAGCCUCUCGAAAAUUACUGUCCAAACAGCACUAUUUACGCCCCAAACAGCACUUACCGGUCCAACCUCAACUCCCUCCUCUCUGCUCUGGCCUCCAACGCCACCCGUCCAAACGGAUUCCACAACUCCACCUUUGGCGGCGGAGUCUCCGCCGCCUACGGCCUGUUCAUGUGCCGCGGCGACGUCUCCGUCUCCGAAUGCCGCAGGUGCGUGCUCGACGCCGGCGAGCAGAUCCUGAAGGCGUGCCCCGUCCAAACGGACGCCGUCAUCUGGUACGACAAUUGUAUGUUGCGUUACUCCAACGCGUCAAUGUUCGGAAGGUCCGACGCGUCGAUCGGGCUGAUCAUGAGCAACACGCAGAACGAUUCGCAGCCGGCGAGGUUCAUGGAUUCGGUCGGGAACACGCUGAACGCGGUGGCUGUCGCGGCGGCGGCGGGAGACGGAUCCGGCCGGAAAUUCGCGACUCUGGAGGCGAAUUUCUCUGCGUUCGAGAAGAUCUACGCUCUGGGGCAGUGCACGCCGGAUCUAUCGGAAUUGGACUGCCGGAGCUGCCUGGCGAGCGGAAUCGGCCAGCUGCCGGGGUGUUGUUACUCGGCAAAGGGUGCCAGAACCAUCUACCCGAGCUGCAAUGUUAGGUAUGAGGUGUACCCUUUCUACGAUAAUAGUAAAGCUCUCGGAAAUUACUGUCCCGACAACACAAUUUACGCCCCAAACAGCACUUACCGAUCCAACCUCAACUCCCUCCUCUCUGCUCUCGCCUCCAACGCCACCCGCCCGAGCGGAUUCUACAACUCCACCGUCGGCGGCGGAGACUCCGCCGCCUACGGCCUGUUCAUGUGCCGCGGCGACGUCUCCUCAUCGGAGUGCCAGGCCUGCGUGAUCGACGCCGGCGAGCAGAUCCUGAAGGCGUGCCCCGUCCAAACGGACGCCGUCAUCUGGUACAACAAUUGUAUGUUGCGUUACUCCAACGCGUCGAUGUUCGGAAGGGCCGACACGUCCUUCAAGCUGAAUCUCACUCAUCAGAACUCUUUGCAGCCGAGGAGGUUCACAGUUUCCUUGGAAAGCACGCUGUACCGGAUGGCAGAUAUUGCGGCGGCGGGAGACGGAUCCGGAAGGAAAUUCGCGGUUCAGGAGGCUAAUAUCUCGGCGUUGGAGAAGAUCUACACUCUGGGCCAGUGCACGCCGGAUCUCUCGAAAUCGGAUUGCCUGAGCUGCCUGACUAAGGGAAUCAGCAUGUUAGGUACGGCGUGUUGUUACUCGUCAUUAGGUGAUAGAAGCGUCUUUCCGAGUUGCAUUGUUAGGUACGAGGUGUACCCUUUCUACGCCUCAACACCGCCGCCGCCUCCGUCCCUUAUACUAGUUCAAGGAGCCAAAGGAAAUUACUCUUCAAAUUCCACUAUGGUAGGAACCAACAGAAAUUCUUCUUCAAAGGUACCGAUUAUUGUUGCAACUACAGUUCCACUUAGUGGAAUUAUAUUCACAACCGCAGUCUUCUGUCUUGUGAGAAUGAGGCGACGUGUCGGAAAGACAAAUGGUAUACGUUUAAGAACAGACGUAAAUGGCAUUUCAAGUGAAUCUUCCCAAUAUGAUUUUGCUACUAUUCAAGCUAUUACUAAUGAUUUCUCUUAUAAAAUCGGACGAGGCGGAUACGGUUUUGUCUACAAGGGAAAACUUCCUAAUGGCCAAGACGUAGCUAUAAAAAGGCUUUCAAGAAGCUCGGGACAAGGUGUUCGAGAGUUCACAAAUGAGGUUGAAGUAGUUGCCAAGCUCCAACAUAGAAAUUUAGUUAGAUUGUUGGGGUAUUGCUCUGAAGUUGAAGAAAAGAUACUCGUCUAUGAAUUUGUGCCUAACAAAAGCCUUGAUUACUUUUUAUUUGGUCAAGAGAGUCAAUAUCUUUUGGAUUGGUCAACACGGUACAAGAUUAUGGAAGGAAUAGGACGUGGACUACUCUACCUUCACGAAGAUUCUCGUCUUAGAAUUAUACACCGUGAUCUCAAAGCAAGCAACAUAUUAUUGGAUGCAAAUAUGAGUCCAAAAAUAGCAGAUUUUGGCAUGGCAAGAAUUUUCGCAUUUGAUCAAACAAUUGAAAGUACUAACAGAAUUGUUGGAACAUAUGGUUACAUGUCCCCUGAGUACGCAAUGCAUGGAGAGUUUUCUGUGAAGUCAGACAUGUUCAGCUUCGGUGUUCUUAUCUUAGAGAUUAUUUCAGGAAGGAAAAAUAAUAGUUUCCGCCAAUCAAAUGGAGCACGAGACCUUCUGAGCUAUGUCUGGGAGCAAUGGUUAGAUGGAAGACCUCUAGAGAUCAUAGAUCCAAAUCUUAAAGGAUUAUAUAUAGUGGAAGAAGUCAUCCAAUGUAUACACAUUGGUUUGGUAUGUGUUCAAGAAAAUGCUGACCAAAGACUUACGAUACAAGAGAUUAUGUUGAUGUUCACUAGUUAUUCGAGUAACAAUUGGCCAGUACCUUGUGAACCUGCAUUUUAUCGAAGUGUGAAUGAGGACAUACAUAUAGAGCCAAUAGAGGCUUGCCAAUCUCUCACAUUCAAUGAAGUUUCAAUAUCUGAACUAUGUCCAAGAUAAUGACCAAUUUCCACUUGAUAAUAUUAUGGUGACGUGUGGGUGUACAUAACUACAUGUGUGUGUGUGUGUUUAUCUAUUAUUGGUGUUUAAUAAGGAAAAAUUUGUUAU